AUGCUCCUCGGCGCGCCUCUGCAUCUGCGAACAACAUCAGUGCCGGUUCAUCAGGUGUGUCCGAUUGUGGACCUUAUUCUGCAAAAGUACAAGCGCCAGCUUGAGGCUACCACCGGUAGUCGCGUUGGGUCCAAGAAGCCGCGCACGGCCUUUGCCCAGCAGGCGAGCAACCGCCCUUCCGCGACUCUGCUAAUCGAGAGUUACUCCAAGGCACUUACUCAGGCCAUCUUCGACUACAAGAACAUCGGUGUAACGAUGUCGCCAGACGCGCGCAUCCAGCUGAUCCCCGCCUUGGCCCGCACUAAGUGCCGCUUCGGUGACGAUCAGCGCAUCUUCGAUCUUAUGGAGGCAGCAACGGCGCUCCUUCGUCCGCUGCUGCUCCCCUCUGCUGCAGCUGCGAGCGUGGAACGGCUCAACUCGGUGGGCACAGACAUGCUCACUCGUAAGCGCAACCGUCUUGACUCCGAAAGGAUCGAGAAGAUGGUGCUCACGCGCUGCUGGAUCGCUGCCUCCACGAAGCUCGGUAUCGACCUGUAGAGGAAUAUUCAUUCCAAAGGUCCAGGUAUUCAUUCCUGACCAAUAUUUCGCGAAAUUUCAAACACUGGGCGUAAUGCUCAGUUUCCGACUUGCCUUUGUUCGCCAAAGCGCGCCCGCAACCCGCUGGUUUUUGAUGAUUGAUGCAAAGUCGCUCACCUUCCUGACCCCACGCCACGCCCCAGAUCUUCGCACCUGCGAUACAGAUGCAGGGUAUGGCUAGGCUCUAUCUGCUCUCCUGGCAUGGGGUAUGUCUUUGCUCAAAAAGCAUGCGCUCGGGUGCAUUUCCGCGCGCUGGCUCGUCUUGCUCAUGCCCCACUCUAUGUAGAAGUAUGCGUCCCAUGGGACACGAUCUCACGAUCUGACGGAACGACUAAAGCCGUACAUCGCUCC